AUGUCCACCGAGAUCAUGGUCCUUCCAGAACGCCAGCUUCCCCGUCUUCUCAACCCAUGCUUUCGGAACUGGCCGGAUCUCCCCAGGAACCUGGAGAAUCCAAACGGCAAGGAACUUCUCGCCAGUCCAAGUGAGAAGGGCAACCGGAUUGGAAGAGAGAAGGAAUCCAACGGGCUGCUGCUGGGUGCGUACGAUGUCAGGGAUCUAGCCGAAUGGCUGGCUGAUAUGGUUAGGGCUCAGGAAACGAAGAAAUGGCGACUCUGCCGCCCUUCGGAGAAAGCUCCGGGUCAGGAUAAGCAAUAA